GAGGAAAGGUGCGCAGUCCAUGUCGCUUCGUUCGUCGCUUCGAGAUAAUCGAAUAUUUUCAACAUUUUUAUUAAUAAUUUUCAUUUAUUUUGUAUAGUAUUGUUUUUAUUUUAAACUUUAUCGUUGUAAUUUUGACUAAUUAUUCAAUUUGUAGCGUGUUGUAUCACGCUGUAUUAGAUGGUGUACAGUACUUCGUGGUAAUAUCACAUCAACAACGACGGCGUAACUAUACUGAUUGUUAGCUUUACACGAACUCAUAUACGAUUUCGAUUGUGACAAUGUCGGUGUCGAAUAUUGAGCACUAAUUUACUAUUUUGAUAUGUUGAUAAUGUACGCCCAUAUCGUAUAGCAGCAUGAAUGAGCGUUGUUUGUGCCUUGGAAGUUGAAGUUGGAAAUGGACGAAUGCCACUAGCAAUUUGCCACACAAGUCGAAGAAGCCCUGUUGCUACUAGCUAUUCAGUCAGCGAUCGGCUUUUAUACAUUGACGAGCACCGAUUGACAAACUUUGCCGGCGUAAAUUCAUCAUAACACGCGUUGUGUAAAAGUUUGCUUUUUCAUGUACAUUUUUUUUUUCUUCGUUUGUUCCGUUAUCAAAGUCGUGUUUUAAUUAGUUCAGUAAUAAAAUGUCACGUUUUCACGUUUAAAGUUGAAAAAUUUUAAGGUUAAUUCGAGUGAUAGUAUAAUUUUAAAGUGCGAUUUCGUUAUUUUUCGGUAUUAAUUUACGCUUUAUAAACAAAUGUCUGCGUCGAUAAGAAAACGGUACGUGGAGAGAACAUGGAUUCGGAUGUUUCGGCCGAAGGUGAUUUCGAUGGCGAAUCUCCCAGAAAUAGAGCCUGGAUGAGCGGUAACUCGGACGGCCAUCAUUCUUCAUCCGAUCACGAGUCACCGACUAAGAAUAGCGAUCGAGCGAGUGUUUCGCCGGAUGUGGAGCGUUCGUCGAAUGCAAAACUGUCUAGUAAUUCGGAUCACGAAUCGUCGUCCGAUGAAAAAGAUUCGGAUACUUCGGAUAGAGAAGAGAACGACGACGAGGCGGAAACGGAACAGCAAGAGGAAGAUGACGAUGAAGACGAAGAAGAGGAGGGAAAAGGUGGCGACGAAGUCGAAGAAAAUGGCGCGGACGUACCGACUCGUGAUGAUCGUCUUUCGGACACCGAUCAAGGCAAAUUAUCGCCGCACGAACCACGUGACGAAUGUGACGACGACUACGAGCGCGAGCACCGAGACAACUCCGCGUCCGAUUGCGAUCGCGUUGAAAAUAUGGACGAUUCGCCGCCCUCGCCUCCGCCGCCGCAGCAGCAACAGCAGCAGCCGUUAGCUUUAGAAAACGAUUCGUGGACAGACGGCGGUUGUGAAAAGCAGUCUUCUCCGAAAACUCCUUCGGUACCCGCUAGCCCGCGAAUACAGGAACGCGGCGACGAAAACGAGAAUCACGACGACGACGACGAUGAUGAAAACGACGGCGAAGACGAUGACAACAGCAGCGCUGGCGGCAGCAGCAGCCGGAGCAGCAGUGGCGACGAACGCAGUCGUCGUAAUAGCAGAAACGACGCCGAAGACGUAAACACUCCGUACGAGAGCGUCAACGGCGAUCUGUCGCCGAAAUCGCCCAAACGUUCCAACAGCGUUGGUUGGGAUAGUAAGAGUGAUAUAGCGUCCUCGUUGGACAGCGUCAGCCCGAGUCAGUUCGAGCGGCAGCAAUCUCCGUCGAAAUUCGCUCUCGCAGAACGCGAAAAUUUCUCCGUCGAUCCGAAAGAGGAGAAAAUCGUGGAAAGUAAAAAAACCAUAAUAGAUUUCGCCGACGACCUUUCCGAUGUAUCCGAUAUCGAAAGUAACGACAGUUACGCCGAACACGAAGAAAACGACGCCAGUCGGCGACUCGAUCAUACGGAAGUUGACAAGUCGGAAGAACUGGACCAUCCGAAAUCGCCUGCGACGUCGCUACCACAUCAGCCGCAACAACGUUAUCAUCAUCACCACCACCAACGACACGAGCAAAUGAAUAAUGACGCGAAUGACGACAAACUUGCUGAUGACGUGGCUGUAUCGUUGCACGUUGAGGGCGAAGAACAGCUCGACUUUGAAGCGGAAGAAGGCGAAUGUUCGCCGAAGUUGGAUAAAAUGAAAGAAAUCGAAGACGAAACUAAAAAAGAGGAAGAGAAAGAAAAAGAGCAUUCCGAUUUGGAAGAGGGCGAAUUAACCGACGAUAACGACACGAAACCCGAAGAAACCGAAAGACCCGUUUGCCGGUUUUUUUCGCGCGGUCACUGUACGUGGGGUUCUAACUGCAGAUUCAUACAUCCGGGCGUCAUGGACAAAGGAAACUAUUCCAUGUUUGAAACUGUGCGACCGAUAAUUACUCCUGGCGGACCACCUCCUCCCAAUUCGAACCCGUCAAUGAUGUAUCCAGUUUUUCCGCCGCAUCUUGCGCACUCGCAUCUACCAGCAGAACGAUCUGGCGGGAUGGUACCGGGAAGUGGCGGUGCUGGUAACGCAGCCAUCGCGCGUAAAGACGAACCUGCCAUGGAGUCAUCGUGGGAAAGAGGUCUGCGACAAGCCAAAGAGAUGAUUCGAAAGUCGUCGAAACGUAAAGAAACCGAGGUCGAUUUCGAGGAUAAGAAGAUGAAUUUAACCUUGAGUCAAGACGAAAUCGACAAAGAAAACGAUUAUUACUCGAGAAACUCGGCUAGCCCGGGUAAAAGUCCGGAUGUCGGUGAUAAAUGGAAACUGGAUGGCGACGUAAAAUCACAUCGCAUGGGGCCCGGUGGCGGCAGCGGCGAUGUAGCGACUGCGGUACCGCACGCUGGUGCCGAUGUUCCGCCUCUCGGCUACUACCCUCAGCUUCAUCACGGAUUAUCGAGGCCGGCCGCUGCCGCCGACUACUGGAGCGCUCACAGGAUGGGCGGCCUGCCUUAUGACGAGUAUGGUUUACGCGCUGCGCCUAUGCCUUACGGAGCGGACUACUAUUCUGCGGCAGCGGCUGCUGCGGCUGCAGCUGCGGCCGCCGGUCGUCGUUACAUGCAUCCGAAUUCGUAUUACGCUCCGAGACCUGGCAAUGUGUCCGCACCUCAAUCGCAUCAUUCCGAAUUCUACGACAGAAAACAAAAACACAAACCGUAUCCGAGCUCCAGUCGCGAAGUUAUCGUACAGAAGAACGACAAAGCCUACAAAGACGACAGUCCGAGUAGAUACCGCAAUCGACGAGAAGAUUCUCCCAGAAUGGAACGAGCUCGCGACGAUGAAUGGGCUGAUCCGUGGAUGCGAACCAAAUCGCCGGCUUCCGGUCGCCCCAGACGUAGAAAGGAUACUUAUUCUUCGGCGUCGUCUUAUUCGUCUAGCAGCGAAAGCAGCCGUAGCUCGAGUCGAAGUAGUUUCAGUUCCAAGUCGCGUAACUCGAGAUCUCGCUCCAAAGCUCGUUCGUCCGGCUCGCACUCGCAAUCUCAUUCUUCGUCGAGAUCCGCCUCCGAAUCGCAAACGCAAGCGCGUAAAAAAGCUCCGAUGCAGUUUAAAUUGUCGCCGUCUUCGAGAACGCAGCAACCACCGACGAAAAAAACUAUCAAGUCGAUUUCUCCGACGUUGUUAUCGGAACGGCGAGCGGCUACCGAAAGAGCCAUGCAUAUGAAUCCGCCUCCGCCUAGUCCAAAGAUUAAAAUCAGACCACAUUCGCCUCCUGCGGCUAAUUCAGUCGGUGGCACCGGCGGCGCUAGCGGCGGCAGCAGCAGCGUUGUCGCCAGCUCAUCUGUACCGUCAUCCGCGCCGUCUCCUAGACCGAAAAGUGGCUUACCCGAGAAACUAUUGGCGCACUCUAAAGCGGCGGUCGCAGCGGCUAUACGUUCGACUAGAUCGUCCGAAUCCAGAUCUUCAAAAUCUUCGUCCGGCUCCAGUUCUAGCGAUUCUUCGAGCGAUUCUUCCGACUCGAGCGCAUCUUCGUCGUCGACGAGUAAAAGCGGUAAAACGCCUCCUGUUCGUCCUCCAAAAAGGAGUGUUCCCGCUAAUGACCAUUCUGGUGCAUCGCAAACAGUCAAAAAUAAAGCGAUGGACGCUCUCAAACUUUCCGGUCAGAAACAGCAAAUCAAACUGACGUUGAAAGGCUCUGGGAAUUCGACUCAAUCGAAACGGAUCGUUACCGGCGAUAAUGCUGAUACGAGAAAAGAAAAGCCACCAUCGGCUGGUAAAAAACGCUUAGCGCAUUCCUCGGAUUCGGAUUCAGAUUCGGAUAGAGCCUCGUCCGCGAAGAAAAGUAGCAAACCUAACCAAAAAAAAGGAGCGCCGUCGAGAAGAGAAGAAUUAUUGAAACAAUUGAAGGCUGUGGAAGAUGCAAUUGCGCGAAAAAAAUCUAAAUGUUCGUAAAAAUAAAUCGGAGAUUUUAUUAUUAUUAUUUAAAAACAAAAAAAAAAAUAUUUUACAUACGCCUUUACUUAUUUUUAUUGUGCGAUACGAUUGAAGCAGUUUUAAAUAAAUGUAAAUUAAUUCGCAUCUUAUUGCUGUGCUGUGCUGUUUUGGGAACUUGAUCGUAAAUCAUUAAUAAUUAAAGAUUCUUGGUUGUCGGACUGAGGAGAUGACAUUCUACCCAUCAUUAAGGAAGAAAAAACAUUCUUUGUAGGAUUGGAUAUUUCUGCGCAUCCUGUAGGUGGUAGGGUAGAUAUUAUUAUAUGUAUUAUGAAAGUGCGUACUGCUUAGUUUAGGUUUAAAAAGCAAAUGAACUGAGGCCAGAAAUUGAUUGAGUACUAAAAAUGGACCGAAGAAAUUAUUGUACCACUCGAUCAAGAUUUGAUUAGACGUUGGCAUUUUCGUAAAGGUUGAUAGGUGCUCGUAUCGGCGGAAUUGCGGAUCAUCGAGAGAACGAAAAUCGUAAGCACAUAUUCUUUUCGCAGAAGCUACGAGUAGAAUUCGUCCGUUGACCAGUAUGCCUACUAGACUAACACUAGACCUACAUUAGCGAAUUGCACUGUAUUGUAGUACCUCUACCUACAGUGUCACGUUGCAUUUUGCGCUACCAUUAAGGCCUUUUUACUAUGAAAUAAUAGACGUUAUAAAUCGUCGAAAAGUAAAAUCAAGUCAACUCUCUUUUUCGUAUGCAAUCAUCAUUGUUGCGAGUAAAAACUAAAAAUAACGACGUUCAAAACGACCUUGAAAAGUUUUAUUUUCGGUUACACGUCUUAUUGUUUUGUUUCGUUUGAUUCGACGAGAUGCCAAAAUCGAGAGAAGCGACGAUUUCUGAUUUCUACUCGUACAUAUCUAGUGCGAUAUUGUUCGCUAUUCGCGUUUAGUUCGUAUCGCAGGUUCAGGUUCACCGUUCAUGUUAUUUAUUGUCGCAUCGCUUUCUGUAAUCGCUUCUCCGACGCAAAUCAGACGUGCCCCUUUCUCAAUCUCCAACGGCCAAUUCAAUCACUCGCUGCUCGUUUAUUUCGUUUUGUUCGCUCACGA